UACAUGACAUCUCUGACCAUAUAUGAGAAGGAAACUGUAUAGCAAUGUGUACUAAGUCAAUGAGUGUUAAAUAAUCGUACGCUUUAAUUUCGUUGUUCUGCCGGCAGAGCUGCCGCGUUAAAUGUAGACCUCAGUGAUCUCUCGUUGUGUGUGUGUGUGUUUUACUGCCAUGGAAUAUUGGACACAAUGGACAGUGUUUUCGGUUGUUGUUUGGUUAGAUGGCCUGAGCAGCAAAUCGUCACCCCUGAUUGAAGUGCAAACAACUAGUAUUUCGGAGAGGAUACGGAAAAGGCAAAUAUGUAAAGCUUCUGUUUGUUUUAUAUGUAUGAAUGUACAUAAGUGAGACCUGUUGAAUGAUUUCAAAAACUUUUGUGCAAAAUUGAUUUGUUUGGCAUCAUUAUUGUUAUGUUCCUUACUAGAUUGGGAGAUGUAUAAAGAACGAUAUAAAGAAAUUCGCUGGAAUGACUGUACCCACAUUGCGAUAUUGGUUCAUGUGUUGAUUUGGACGAGGAAACAACCAGUAAGAAUGAACCUUCCCGGCUGGAAGACUUUCAAGUUUCGCAACAUCUUCAAUGGCAUCUUCUAAAUAUUUUUUCAAGGCAUUUCCUUAAGUCAACUGCUUUUACACCUAUUAUGAAGAAAUGUUUGGAAACACGGCUUUUAUAAAAACGCAAUUCUAUUUGAGAAGCUCAGAUUAACAAAGUGUUUACACCGAAUUUUUUUACAAAUAAAAAAUAUCGCAAAAAAACCAAAGCCCAAUUUUUGGAAAAAGUCCAUCUCUAAUAUAAGCAGCAUAUAAUACCAGAACUAUGGAUAACUCCUAUUUGAAGUUAACAAGUGCCAAAAGAUUUGUCAUAGAGGAUUCAAUUACCAAAGUAACCUCUGAUGGCGAACCCCAUGAAAUGAUGACAAUGAUAGCAGGCCUCUCUGGGGUACUGGCAGCUAUGGUCAUACUAACAGUGUUGAUAUUCUUUGUGGGAUGUAAAAAAGCUCCCACCAAACAUGAAUGUGAUAGAUGCUCCGAGACGGGUUCCUGCACUGGAGGUUCUGGCAAAAAAUCACCUAUCCUCAGUGUUGAGUUUACAGAUAGCCGCAGCAAAUGCUCCUCCAUAGCCACCAUAUAUGAUGGUAACGGUCAUGGAAGUAUUCGCAAUAUACGCAGAUCCACUUCGGCUUCCACCAUCAGGGCGGGAGGUAAUCUGCAACAAAAUCUAAACAAAGCCUUUGAAGGAAGUGAGCUAAAUUUGCAGGAUUCCUUGGAGAGGCCAAAAAAGCAAAAGAGGACACAUUGGCAGGAUGAGUUGCAAACUCAAAGGGAGACAACCAUAGACAUAGAACGUUAUUGAGGGUGGCUUAAAAUUAAGUAAAAAAAAAAGAUCAGAAUAUGCUAUGUAGAGUAAGCGGAAAGUGCAAGUUGUAAUUGUAAACGAGAAGACUGAGCGGAACGUAAGGCGUAUGUAGGUUGACGUCAGAUGAUUUCGUGAUUUAGCCAUAAGUGCGGUAACUCCAAAUGAUAUAGAGUUAAGAUUUAUAUGGAGCAAUGUACAUAGAUAUACAAAGAGGAAAGAAAAACAAUUGUUAUUUAAUACUAGAUAAUAUUAACUUUAACUUACCUUAAGUAAAUAUGAUUUAAAGUAGUGGUGGGCACAACGACACAUGUACACAAUAUUUUCAAACCCAUGGGCUUAUAUUUUUGAAUGUAUAGUAGAGCGUCCCAUCCUA